GUUUGUAAAUAUUAAAGUGUAAUGGCAACUGUACAGCGAUUUCUACCCAAUCCAUACGAUUUUUAUCAAGAGUUACAAUGUCGCGCUGAUCUCGCUGAAGAAAGGAGACACAAGCGCUUUCUUGCUGUUUUGUUAUUACAGCGGAUGACUAGGGGCUAUUUGAUACGGAAGCAUAUCGCCUGGUUAUCGUUGAACGCUACAAUCAUUCAAUGCGCUUUCAGAAUACACAGGGCUCGGAAAGCUUACCGCGCCGCUUUGCGAAGAGCUGUCCGUAAUAAACACGGGAAACAUUAUGCACAAGCUGCAACUAAAAUACAGGCAUUAUGGCGAGGCCACUUUUCGAGACGUACAAAGUUCUGUUAUCGAUCAUAUAGAAAAUGGUUAGCAACAGUCACAGAAAGAGGAGAAAGACGUGCUGCAGAAGCAGCGGAAUUUGGUGUCAGAAGCCGAGCUGAUGAUUUACGUAUUCUAGAAGAUGAGGCACGCCAGUGGCUGGCGUUUGUGGUCUUCAAAUUGCACCAUCUUCUUCGGACGUCCGUAUGUGCGGGUGUGUACUCGGAUAUAGCGACGUCGGAAUUGUCUGAGUUCGAAAAGCUUCUUAAGUCUAUACAAUACACAGAGUAUAUGAAACGGCUUAAGCGUAAAUACAACGAAUUUGUGAGGAAAUUUCGACCGAGGUUCAGUAAUAAAAGAUUAUUCCCCAUAAUUGGGGAUGGGGCUGAUUAUUGGUAUUUAUCAUUGCCCGAGAUGUAUGAAUUGACGGUGGAACUUCCAAAAGAUCGGAACACUAGACACCUUGCUACUCAUCACGGUUCGCAGCAUAAGCAGCCGUUUCUGUGGAGAAAGGUGAGGCCUUCGCAGGAUGAGGGCAGAGGACCAUUCACAUUGCCAAAAACCACUCCUGCUCCACCACGCGCGCCUGCUCCAACACCAUGUGGUGAUACGGUUGAUAGAAAACCUCAAAAAGAUCCGCGAUUCCAUCUCUAUGUCAAGCAUUACACUCCACAACCGGAGUUAUUCGAAUACGUGAAUUAUCACAUUAACGUUCUGCUAACGAGAAAGUGUUCUAUACAAAACGUGGAUGAAAAUUAAAAUUUUUGACUGUUUCCAUUGUUAGGUACACGGACAAGAAUGUUUUUUUUUUUCGUUUUUCUUAUUCGGAAAUCCGUAAUCAGAGUUUGGAAAGGCCGUCCGGAUGUUGCGAGCCGCGAGCCUUUUGUUUGCCUUUGUUGGUCUGAAUUUUACACUUGUAAUUUAUUUGAGGAAACGGCGAAAGAAAUUGCGUUAAACUCUUCAAGGCAAAUGUGUUUUGUAAAUUAACAUCUCGCCUGUACGUUUUAUGUGCCGAAUACGGCGUGAAAUUUCCCUGUUGGCAACAGGAAAAUAAUAAAUACGUUUUAUAUUUAAAUCAAAUGUGACACUGAAGGUGAAAAUGUUACUGUUAUUUUAUUUUAUUUCCUUACAACGAAGUAUGUUUACUUCAAUUUGAAAUUGUUUUAUACGCAUAUGUCUCGAACCAAGG